UCAAAGUUAAUUUUUUGCACCUCAAUUUUGAUAAAUUUACUUUAUUUAUACCAAAAUUAUAAAUCUAUAUAGGAAAGUGUAAUUUGGCUGCAAGUAAAAAUCAAGCUAAGUAAAGUUAUUUGUGAAUUGGGUAAGUGCAUCAUUGGAAUGCGAGAUCCAAUUUAUGUGUUACAUGUGCCAAACUAUAGACGCACAGACACACAAUAGAGGGCACUGUUUAGAAUAUGAGGACAUAUAAAGCAAGGUCUGACUAAAGAACUAGACUUCACAUGACCAAAUAAAGCAGAAAACUAAUAGAUUCAUCACAGGCAGCAAGAGUGGCAAUCAAUUGUCGUAUGUGAUCUAUCCAAUAGCCUGCAAAGCUUGACAAAAGAGAAUCUGCUUUUUUCUUUUUUUAUUUUUACGCUCUUGCCUUUUUGUUGUGUGGCCUUGAGAGCAACGACUCCUUCCUCAUAAAACUGCCAACCAACUAACACCAAAGUCUUGUUAUCUUCGCUCUCUAUCUCUCUCGCAUAUUUUUUUUUUUUGUUGUUGUUUCCACCUCCCCAUGUGUGAGAGCUGAGGAAAGACAUGGAAGAGGAGAAACCAUACUUGCCGGCCAAUUCUCUUCCAUAUUGCAGUGCAAGAAUUAUGUCGUCGGAAAUUGUGGAGAUUGGAGAGGAUAGCAGGAGUGGUGCUUUUGUUAACAGCAUAGAUGCUGGAGCUAAUGAUGUUUAUGUAGCCGUUGGUAAAGAUGAUUUAGAUGUCCUCAAAUGGGCUCUUGAUCAUGUUCUUUCUUCUGGAGCUCGAGUUUUCCUUGUUCAUGUUUUUCCUCCUAUAACAUAUAUUUCUACACCAGUUGGAAAACUAUCCAGAAGUCAGUUGAGCCAAGAUCAAGUGAGAUUUUACAUUAAUGAAGAGCAUAACAGGAGGAAAAAUAUAUUGCAGAAAUACAUUCGCUUGUGUAACGAUGCCAAGGUCACUGUGGAUACAAUGCUCUUGGAGAGCAGUGAGACUGCCAAAGCCAUUCUUGAUCUUAUUCCUGUUCUCAACAUUACCCAUCUUGUCAUGGGAACCACACGCCGGCCUCGCACUAGGCUACUGAAGAAAAAAUUGGCGAAAGCAGAAUUUGUCAAGAAGAACGCUCCUGACUAUUGUGAGGUUACUAUUGUUCCUGAUGGAAAGAAAGCUGUGGAUGAGCAGCAAGCAACAGAGCUGGUGCAUCCAUCUCUCCCAUCCAAUCCGGCAAGAUCGAAUAUUUCUCGGAGCAACUCAGAAAAGAAGUUUUUGGAGUGUGUAUGCUUUUCAGUUUGUAGGAGUAAGGUGAAGCAUUCUUAAGAUUUUAACAGCUCCAAGAUACAAAGAGCGAUCAAAGGAAUGGCCACAACAGGCACAACCCAAGAGUUGUAGAGGAGCUCUGAAAAUAAUGUGCGACCAGAAGAUUACUAACAAUGUUUUAUCUUCCUUCAGUUUAAUUCUUAAUUAGCCUAUAAUAACUAGUAAUGUAUUUGACUAGACGUACACAAAAAAUAGAAUAAAGUAAAUAGCUUUAGAUCCAUCCA